UUUCAAAACCGAAAAAAUAUUUUAGACCCUUGAACCCAUUGUUAUUUCUGCCAAAUGUAAUGAGAGUCUUCAUUUGAUUUGAACGUUAUGUUACAUAGAAUAAUAUAAAGAAGAAGAAUUUCAUUUCUUAUAAUUUUGUACACGUUAUUCGUUGCUAACUUCAAGACAGUGAGUAAGCAAGCGGUCCAUCUUCUGACGAAGCGCGAAUGUCGCUCUCAAUAAUUUGAAGGCUAAUUUUCCUGAUUGUCUUGGUAAAAGCAAAGCAAAAUUCUGGCAAAAUUGUGCGCGUUCGUGCCCGAUGUCUAGUGCUGAAGUCGCCGAUAAUUCCGUUGACCCCCCGGCGAAAAAGCGGAAGCUAAACACAGGAGAAUCCCGUUCCAAUUCUUCAGCAAUGGCGAACAAUGGAACGCGCAUGGAAGAUGAAAUCGACGAGAGCCUGUACUCCAGGCAACUAUACGUGCUGGGCCACGAUGCUAUGCGUCGGAUGGCAAAUUCCGACGUUUUGAUAUCGGGUUUGGGAGGUCUGGGCGUAGAAGUCGCAAAAAAUGUGAUUCUCGGCGGUGUGAAGUCGGUGACUCUUCACGAUGACCGUAACUGCACGAUCUCGGAUUUAUCUUCUCAGUUCUAUUUGUCGGAGGCUACUAUAGGUCAGAACCGUGCGACGGCCUCUGUCGAGCAGCUGGCUGAGUUAAAUAGCUAUGUGCCGACUACGGCAUAUACGGGUGCUCUCACGGAGGAGUUUCUCCGAAAGUUCAGUGUGGUGGUUCUGACUAGCGCUUCCUGGGCUGAGCAGGAGCGUAUAGCGGCCAUAACUCACGCUAAUAACAUCGCGCUGAUCAUCGCGGACACGAGGGGCUUAUUUUCCAGAGUGUUCUGUGAUUUUGGUGAGGAGUUUACUGUUCGCGAUGUAAACGGUGAGAAUCCGGUGUCAGCCAUGAUUGCGGCCAUCACGCACGACCAGCAGGCGGUGGUCACCUGCCUGGACGAUACACGUCAUGGACUGGAAGAUGGGGACUAUGUCACUUUCAGUGAGAUCCAAGGCAUGACAGAAUUGAAUGGUUGUGAGCCCCGUCAGAUCAAAGUCCUAGGCCCAUACACCUUCAACAUCGGAGACACUACAGGCUUCUCCAAAUAUGAGCGAGGCGGCAUUGUCUCUCAAGUCAAGAUGCCCAAGAAAUUAGCCUUUAAAUCCUUGAAAGACUCCUUCAAGAACCCCGAGUUUGUUAUUACAGAUUUCGGCAAAUUUGACUACCCACAGCAGUUGCAUUUUGCAUUUGCUGCUCUCUACAAGUUUGAGGAAAAUGAGGGUAGAUUGCCGAGGCCCUGGUGCAAUGCUGAUGUGCCCAAGUUUAUGGAUUACUUGAAGGGCAUUUUGGCUGAACCGGAAAACAAAAAUGGUGAAUUGGAAAUCAAUAAUGAGCUCAUGGAGACAUUCUGCAAGGUAUCUGCCGGUGACCUCAACCCAAUGAAUGCUGCCAUCGGUGGCGUCGUCGCCCAAGAGGUGAUGAAGGCUUGCUCUGGCAAGUUCCACCCCAUCGUCCAAUGGCUGUACCUGGACGCUAUCGAGUGCCUUCCCAAGGACCGUUCAGCCUUAACUGAAGAGAAUUGCAAACCGACCGGCUCGAGAUAUGAUGGACAGGUGGCUGUGUUCGGACGAGACUUCCAGAAGAAGUUGGGAUCGCUGAAGUACUUUGUUGUUGGCGCUGGCGCCAUCGGCUGCGAGCUGCUCAAGAACUUCGCCAUGAUCGGCGUGGGCGCAGACGGCGGCCGCGUCACCGUCACCGAUAUGGACCUCAUUGAGAAGAGCAACCUCAACCGCCAGUUCCUCUUCCGGCCUUAUGAUGUGCAGAAACCCAAGUCCAGCACUGCCGCUAGGGUCAUCAAACGCAUGAACCCCUCAAUGAACGUGCUCGCCCAAGAGAACCGAGUGUGCCCAGAAACCGAAUCUGUCUACGACGACCACUUCUUUGAAGAGUUGGACGGAGUAGCCAACGCUCUGGACAACGUGGACGCGCGUAUAUACAUGGACAGGCGCUGUGUGUACUACAGGAAGCCGCUGCUGGAGAGCGGCACGCUUGGCACCAAGGGCAAUACGCAGGUCGUCGUGCCCUUCCUGACCGAGUCAUACAGCUCCUCCCAGGACCCCCCGGAGAAGAGCAUCCCCAUCUGCACGCUGAAGAACUUCCCCAACGCCAUCGAGCACACGCUGCAGUGGGCGCGCGACGAGUUCGAGGGGCUGUUCCGCCAGGCGGCCGAACACGCUGCGCAGUACUUGGCCGAUCCUCACUGGGAGGAACGGACCCUCAAGUUGCCGGGCAGCCAGCCUCUUGAAGCCAUCGAGAGCGUCAAGAACGCCAUCAACGACCGGCCGCUGACGUUCCUGGACUGCGUGACGUGGGCGCGCCUGCACUGGGAGGCGCAGUACGUGAACCAGAUCAAGCAGCUGCUCUACAACUUCCCGCCCGACCAGCAGACCACCUCCGGCGCGCCCUUCUGGUCCGGCCCCAAGCGCUGCCCCGCGCCGCUGGCGUUCGAUCCUCAUGAUGACCUGCACCUCGACUACGUGGUGGCUGCGGCGAACCUGCGGGCCACGGUCUACGGCUUGCCGCAUAAUACUGACAGGGAGGCCAUCGCGCAGAUGGCCGCUCAAGUGCCAGUACCAGAAUUCAGCCCCAAGUCCGGCAUCAAGAUCGCCGUGACCGACGCCCAGCUGCAGCAGAACAACGACGAGCCUGACGUGGACCGCGCCAAGACGCUCGUCAAGGAGCUCCCCCACCCCUCCACGCUCGGCGGCCUCAAGAUCACCCCCCUCGACUUCGAGAAGGACGACGACUCCAACUUCCACAUGGACUUCAUAGUGGCCGCUUCUAACUUACGCGCGGCCAACUACAAGAUCCCUCCCGCCGACCGCCACCGCUCCAAGCUCAUCGCCGGCAAGAUCAUCCCCGCCAUCGCCACCACAACCUCCGUCGUCGCCGGCCUCGUCUGUCUCGAGCUGUACAAGCUCGCCCAAGGCUUCAACACCCUCGACGUCUUCAAGAACGGCUUCGUCAACCUAGCGCUCCCCUUCUUCGGAUUCUCCGAACCUAUAGCCGCCCCGACUAACAAGUACUACGACCAGAAAUGGACCCUCUGGGACCGCUUCGAAGUCAAAGGCGAAGUCACCCUUCAGCAGUUCCUAGAUUACUUCAAGAACGAGCAUAAGCUAGAGAUUACUAUGCUAUCGCAGGGCGUGUGCAUGCUGUAUUCGUUCUUCAUGCUGAAGCAGAAGUGCGCGGAGCGACUGAACCUGCCCAUGUCGGAGGUAGUCGCGAGCGUGUCGCGCAAGAAGUUAGAGCCUCACGUGCGCGCGCUCGUCUUCGAGCUGUGCUGUAACGAUGAGAGCGGAGAAGACGUCGAGGUCCCUUACGUGCGCUACACGCUGCCCUAGCGCACCGAGCCCGGCAACGUAACCAGAGGCAUUUAAAAAGCAUAAUCGCAAUGGCGGAUCUUCGGCGGCGCGUGUACAUAGUGUAAUAGUGUGAAGUUUUAUUGUGCUUGGACCGCGCUCGAUAUUUAACUUUCAUAUAUUUAUAGAACUAGUGUUCAUUAUUUGUGAACGUCACGGACCGCGUGUAUUUUUUUUUAAUAAUUUUAUGUGAACCUCAAUGAUUUACGUACCCCCAAAUCUAUCGGAUAUUUUUAAUGUUGAAAUCGGAAGGGUCUGUAUAUGGAAAACCAAUAAAAAAACAGUAAAA